AUGCUUAUCCUUUGGCAUCGCAUCACAGUCAGUCUGGUAUUCGAUAUCCGACACGUCAAGUCUUCUUCAGAGUCCUUCGGUUGCACCUAUACCUACAAGAAGCCCAAUACAAUACCGUGCUCUAUGUUCUGUACUCCGACCUUUGACCUAUUGUUCGUUCCUUGUAAGACUCUGGAGAAGAAGAGCUGCGUAAAACCCAGCAACAUUUUAUUCACUUCCCCUCAGGAUACCAACUCCGACAAUGACCUCUUUGUUGAGACUCUUCGGCAAUCGACUAAAAAAUCCCCUACUCUGUACGAUUAUAAUAACAUGUUUCCAUUGCUUCUGCGAAGCCCGUUAAUAACCGAUAUUAGCUGUGUUUGCUUGAUAGAAUACCAUGACUUGCAGGCUGCAUCUGAUGAGCAAGGGCUUUCUACAGUCCAGUAUGGAUCCACUGGCAUAUCAAUCCUCUUCAAAACAAAGGAGAAUAGUAAGAAGCUGCGUCAAAUAGGGUUGUUGUUUGGCAAAAAUAUCAUCCAGUCCACCCUCUUUAAACAAUCAAUCUAUCCUAGCGCACUCUCUGACUCCCUCACAAUAAGUGGCAGCUUCAUAUCCAAUAAUGUAUCCAAUAACACCUCCCCAGAGUCACCUGCGCCAAGAGGAGUUAGUCCAUCUAAGCCAGAUACACCUAUCAUGAAGUGUGCAUCAGAACUUGGUGAGAUCGUGGAGGAGAUGCAUGCAAUAAUGAAAAAUGUUCAUAAGCGCGUGCUAACAUUUCUAGCAACGGGUCUAAGUGUCCUUCAAACCAAAAUAGACGGUUAUAUGGACCUCCGCCCCCUGCACAUUUCUUCUAAUAACACGGUCCACAUGUCGCUACUGUGUGGGAUUGGCAAAGUAUUGUUGGCUAAAAAUCGGUACCUUAAUUACCUCAGAAGCUUAGAUUUCCAAUCCGCUCCUGGCCUGAUAGUGAAGCACUGGGGACUGUUUGAAGUUAUUCGGCGACAAAUCAUAGAUUCCUGCGAGCGAACAACGACCGUUGAUCCAUUCUUUUGGCACAUGAUCGGAUUCCAGGGCGUAUCACCUCUAACAGACUUCCGGGCAUCCAGUCUGCUGGCCCUAAUAGCUUUACGCAUUUUUGCCGACCAAUAUCCGGACAUCCUCUUUUCUGAGUCAUAUGGUGACUAUGGAGAUGAACUGGAUAGGGUUAAUCAUAUGCUAUUUGUUUGCGCAAGGAAGAUGUCUGAGCAAAUCCGAGAGUCUGUGCGAUCCUUAUCAGAUAAAGAUGAUGCUCUUGCUGCUAUGGAGUUGCUACUCAACGACCCCAUUGGGGCAUCCAAGACGUAUUCAUACCCUAUAGCGUUAUCUUUGCUGGACAUUACCCAUUACAUUUUUACUAUGGACGACGUUGCUCGGAAGAUUAUCACCACUACCCCAUUCAUAACGUUGUUAACACUAGACUUUACCGUACGGUACUCUGAAUUUGUUAAUGCUCAAAUAACAGCAGCUAACAAAUUAAAUACUGGCGCUGGUAGUAGCAAGUCAUCGGAGAAUACAUUGACCGCUGAAUGUCUGGUAACGGCCAAGGAGUUAGCAACAACACCCAUAACUGAGACAAUUCAGGUAAAGGCCGACACGUAUAAGGUCUUACUUAUCGAUCUCUUUCAGUCGAAAGUGCAGAAGUUCGCAACGGAAGCCUUAGAGUUAGCAGAUCCAAUGAAGGAUACCAAAACUGGUGUCUUAAAUCCAAAGAUCAGGUAUGGACCAUGGAAGAGGUUUCACGAUAACUUCUGGGAAUACUUUAGUACCUCUGAGCACUUUAUGAUUCCGUUGACAGCUAAUGCGCCUGCUCCAAUAUUUGAUGGUAUUUUUAGAGUGAUAGUUGGACUAUCGCUUCUUAUGCACAAACGUAUACAGCGUCUUCCAAUUAAACAAAGGUACUUUCAAUAUACCGCCGUGCGCACGAAGUUAGUAGCAGAUUUUAAUACCGUACUCCUACAAUCUACCAAUUGUCCUAUCUACACGAUUGAGAACUUUCUCAUGCAUAUUUCUAAAUUGAGCAGUAGUGUAGACCAGUAG